CGAACGAUCUGCGUGAGAACCCGUGGUUCCUCGUGUUCCGUGGUUCGGAACACGGUGGGAGCCGCGCGGUGGCGGGCGGCACCACACUCUCGACAUCAUCGGCGGCGCUCGGCGAGGCUCGAGCGAGUUGCAUCGAGACAGACGCGAGGAGACACAGUGGGUGCCCGUAUGUAUCUCGUUCGGUGGGUCGCCGUCGGCCAUUGUCUCUGACAUGGAAGCCCAUCAAAAUGGCAGAGGCCGUGCAGAUGUUUUUGUUCCUAUAUAAAUCGAAAUACCGUCGGAAAGGGGGCCAGUGCCGUGUGGUGGUACGGGAUCAGUGCGGUGUAAUUGCGGUGCCGUGGCCGAUACUGUGGGCGGUGCUGAUCUGCUGGGUGGUGCACGUAACCGCUGCCGCCUCCUCCUCCUCGUCGUCGCUGACGACGGAUACGACCUGCGACACGGAGAGUUGCGUCAACGGGGACUGUGUCAAUGGCACCUGCGUGUGCCACGAGGGUUGGCAGGGCACUGCGUGCCAAUUCUGCGGCGGAAAAGUCAGACUGUCGGAGCCGAUGGGUUACAUCCACGACGGGGUCGGAAAUUACACGGCGGACGUGAAGUGUUCCUGGCUGAUCGAGAGCAGCCCGAACUUCACGAUCCGCAUGCACGUGGAACAGUUCGCGACCGAAUGCGGCUGGGAUCACCUGUACAUUUACGACGGUGACAGCGUCGAGGCGCCGCUGUUGGCCGUGUUCUCCGGCCUGAUGCACAAAGAUGGCUACCACGUGAGACGCGUGCCGGAAGUGAUCGCCCGGUCCGGAAGCGCGUUGCUGCACUUCUACUCGGACGUUGCGUACAACAUGAGCGGCUUCAACAUUACUUACAAGAUCAACGCCUGCCCUAGCAGGUAUUCUUACACCGACUGUUCCGGCCAUGGGGUUUGCAUCGACGGCGUGUGUACGUGCGACGCCACGUGGACCGGCGAGGCGUGCGAGGUUCAAGUCUGCCCGAACAAUUGUUCGCAGAGUUCCGAGCAGGGCAAGUGCAACCGCGAGAGCCACCACUGCGACUGCGCCCACGGUUACGAGGGCGCAGACUGCAGCCAAAGAAGCGACAAAGGAUUCUGGGAGACCGUGACGUACACGGACUUCUCGCCGGAGGGUUCGGCUAGUCACUGCUCCAUCGUUUGGAAGGACUCGUUGUACGUGGUCGGCGGGGAAAGCUUCCAUCGAGCCAAGAUGAUAUACGUUUACGAUUACAACGGGAAGGUUUGGGAGACUCCCCAUAUCGAGGAGAAAGUCCCAUUGCCGCGGUACGCUCACUCGUGCGUGCUGUUCGGCGACAAGAUAUUCAUGUAUGGCGGAGUUGUACAGAACUCCACGGUGACGAACGAAAUUUGGGCCUUCGACGUGUCGGCCAAAGUUUGGGAGAACGUCACCGUGCACGAUAACUGCCACAAUAACAAGACCAUGUGCGGACCCUUAAAGGUAGCUGGACACACCGCGACUCUAGUGCAGAGCCACGGCAAGAAGGAGAAGAUGGUCGUGAUCUUCGGCUACUCGCCCCAAUAUGGCUACCUGAACGUGGUCCAGGAGUACUCGUUGGGCACUCGCGAAUGGCAAAUAGUGGAAACCGUCGGUUUCCCGGUGAAAGGCGGCUACGGCCACACGUCUGCGUACGAUCCCCUAACGAACCUGAUCUACGUGUACGGUGGCUACGUGUCCGAGUCCCAGAGCACGCAGGUGUUGACCAGCAGAUUGUACUCUUAUCAUCCGAACUUCCGCGAGUGGACGUUGCUCACGUCGGCGCCGUCCGCGCGUUUCUUUCACACGGCCGUCUUCAUCUCCGGCGGCUUGAUGAUGGUGUUCGGCGGCAACAUGCACAACGACACGAACCACUCGGACGGCACCAGGUGUUACUCGGCGGACACCAUAGUCUACGACGUGACCUGCGACUCGUGGCACCAGUUCCCCAUGCCGAAGGAGAUGACCGACUUGCCCAGGUACGGGCACAGCGCGACGGUUUUCGAGAAGUCGAUGUACAUCUACGGAGGAUUCGACGGACAGAUGUUGUCCGAUAUGCUCAGAUACACGCCGGGGAACUGCGAGCACCUGACGAACCAGAACCAGUGUCUGAACUCGCGUACAGGCGUGAAGUGCGUAUGGGACAAGCGGGAUAGCCGGUGCAUACAGAUCACCAAGAUACCCCGACACGUUCUCAUGAACGACGACAUGCACGACGGCAUCUACAUGAGAUGCCUGGACGACACGCCGCCCCGCGGCAUGACCUCCCACAAGGAGCUGUGCAAGGUGCUCACCGACUGCGUGGCCUGCGUGCAGACCUCCUACAACUGCGUGUGGUGCGGGAAGAGCUGCUCGCACGAGAUAUGCCGGAACAACGCGAACGCGCCGCCGACAAAGGCGAUCACCGAUCUAGGACAAUGCGACGCGCAUACCGGGAUCGAGUGCCUGCAGUUGCACACGUGCCACGCGUGCACCAGCAACCCACACUGCAUGUGGUCCUGGUCGAACGGCCCGGACCGGUGCAAGCCGCACUCGAAAGCGCGCGAGGUGACCAUUUUAAACGGGACUGUACAAGCCCAACGACUGUCCAUCGACUCCUGCCGCAGUCCUUGCGUGGAAUACACCUCUUGCAAGAAUUGCACGGAGUCGGAUUGCAUUUGGUGUCAGAACGAAAGGAAAUGCGUGGACAAGAAUGCAUAUCCAGCGAGCUUUCCAUACGGACAGUGCAGAGAAUGGACUACGAUGGACGCGAAGUGUCGUCCCACGGAAACGGGAAAGGAAUGGUGCACGUUUUAUUCGUCGUGCGCGGCGUGUCGCUCGGAUCCCGGAUGCGGAUGGUGCGACAACGGUUCCGGAACUGGAAAGGGACUUUGCCUGCGAGGUGGAGCACGUGGCCCUAGCAGUAAAAGCUUGGACACAUGCCCGUUCGAACGGUGGUACUUUACCAAAUGUCCUACUUGUCAAUGCAACGGCCACAGCAAGUGUCUUCCAAACAGCAGCGAGUGUAUUCAGCCAUGUGGGAAUCUAACUUACGGGCCUCAUUGCGACAAAUGCAUCCCCGGUUAUUAUGGGAACCCCCUGAACGGAGCGACUUGCCAACCCUGUUUUUGUAAUAACCAAAGCACACAGUGCACCAGCGAAACAGGGAAAUGUUUCUGCACGACGAAAGGUAUUAUAGGAGAUCAUUGCGAGCGUUGCGACGUGUCUAGUCUCUAUCAUGGGGAUCCAACGAAUAAAGGAUCAUGUUACUAUGAUGUAGCCGUCGACUACCAAUUCACGUUCAAUCUGAGCAAGAAAGAGGACCGGCAGUACAGGGCCAUCAAUUUCAAGAAUUCACCGUCGAAGCCCGACAUCGACGCGGAAUUGUCGAUCACCUGUUCCGUGCUCGCCAAAAUGAACGUGACCAUGAAGAAAGCGAACACGGUGGAGAUACCGCUUCUGCUGGGCGCGAACUGCACGACGAACAUGUACAAGCACCGUUUCAGCAAAGCGGACUACAGUUUCGGCAGCGAGGACAACAACACGUUGACCACGUUCUACGUCUACGUGUACGACUUUCAGCCGCCUGUAUGGAUCCAGAUCUCCUUCUCCCAGUAUUCCAAGCUGAAUCUCCAACAGUUCUUCAUUACAUUUUGCACAGAUUACAUGCCACCACCCAGGUGCUUCCUCGCUCUAUUAUUGGUGGCCGCUGUCCUCUGGAAGAUUAAACAAAAGUAUGACAUGUACAGAAGAAGGCAGAGACUCUUUGUAGAGAUGGAACAGAUGGCGAACAGACCGUUCAGCCAAGUUUUAGUCGAAAUCGAGAGGCGGGACGUCAGUAAUUCGGACUCGGAACGUAGCGAGUCCGAGCUAACCAAUUGCCGCAAGAAGAAAAAGGAUGCCCCUAGUCCGAUCGCGCUAGAGCCCUGUUGCGGCAACAGAGCCGCGGUCCUGUCGUUGCUAGUCAGAUUGCCUACUGGCGGUGAACCGUACACGCCGGCCGGUCAGAGUGCCGGCUUAGCAGUAGCGUCUGCGUUAGUUACACUGGGUAGCCCGCGAAGGCCUUCUCAGGAAUUGACCACGAAGGAGCCGAAGAAGACACGGAAGUCUGCCAGUCAGCACCCAGACUCCACUUGCAUUUAGCGAUAAGAGAGACGAGGAGCAGGAGGAUGGAGGAGAAAAAGCGCCAGAGGGACAAGUAUAUAUAUAUAUAUAUAGUAUAUAUAUACACACACCGUGGGUGACAAUGAGCCUUAUUCUGUGAUCUUGCCUCGAACGCGAAAAUUCGGCAGGAAAGAAGGGAGAGAGAGCGAGAGAGCGAGAGAGAGAGAGAGAGAUGUUAACCUUCGAACUCUACUCGAGUGAAAUGUGAUUCUAUUCCGCGACGAGUCUUCGUUUACCGUUUUCCUUCGUGACCACCCACGCAACCAUCACCAACAACCGGUCCGUGAUAUAUGUAUAUGUAUAUUCCGAAUUUAAUUGAGACCAGUGAUCGAUGUUCGACGUAUCGUUACGACUCGACGAUUCGCUGGGUUUGUAUUAACACGUUCGCUGUGGUUGUUCGGUUAAAUAGUGUUCGUAGCGUUUUAUCGAAUGCGGUGUACUCCUUUUCUUGAGAUGUUUCGGAUACAGCGGAACGCGUUGUGAGUUUUCCGGUGGAAAUCGGGGACGAUCGGAAUAUUGUUCAUGCGGAGUAUGGGAUUUCGGUGGUCGAGUUGGCGUGAUGCUUGCGAACGUUGUUGGAUACCGUGUUAUCGUUGUUGAUUGCGGAUUUUGUGCUUCUAUUGGAUUCCUUGUCUUUCGAAGGCUGUAUUCUCUAGCAACUUGCUUUGUGACUUUGUUGUAACUGUGCUUGGUAGGACUGCUUUCUCGUUUUACGUUGACGUUGACUUCGAAGUAUCGUAAUGGAUAACAGAAGUGGCUUUUUACACUGUAACUACUACGAGUCGAAAUGAUUUAUUUGUGUUCCUUUUAUUUUGUAAGCACGGGCAUCGUAGAGAUGCAAAUUAUCGAAUCAAUUGAAAAAAACGGAUGGUAUAGAAUAACGAAGGAUUUCUACGUAUAAAGAUGAACAUUUCAAUUUCAAUUUACAUCCUUCGCUAUUAUGAUUCUUCAGUUUUAGAGAACUCAUUAAUUGCUACUUUCGCCAUUCUGCAACCAAUCGACACCAAAGUAGUUCUAACGAGUGUUCGCCACGAAGAAAUCAUAAAGCAAGGAAUUAAGGAGAUUAACACUAGAACCACUGGACCAUCUCGGAUUUCUGCUUUCGCAAUUUUUAAAAAGGCACACUAGUCAUUCUAAGAAAUUUGUUUUCUAAAAUCUAAAGCAUAAAUCAAUCGAAAUCUCAAUACUAAAACUAGCGAACAGGUCGAAAUGAUCCACUCCUGAUUUCUUCUUUUUGCAACGAUUAAAAAGGCAACAGAUGUUUCUCUAAGAAAUUAUUGAAAAAAUUAAUUUACCAACACCCAAACUGAAUUGUAAAUCAAUUGAAGUCUCGAUAGACGGAUUCUUAGAGUUUUUAUAGAGGAAUUUCGAAAAUUCAAUUUUACCGCCAUGUGAUAUUAGUGUUAACAAAUUAGCGUUAACAUUUUCAUUAUUUGUACAAGAAAACACGUAUCGGACGAUUCGAUUGCUCGGUGGUUUUAGUGUUAAUUAGACCUCCGGUCUCGUCGAGUCGAUCGAACAAUCUAUUUCCGCGUACAGAUCCGCAGUCCACUUAUUCUCUCGUCGAGCAGUAACGAUCCGUUCGAGUCUCGCGUUUAUCCGAGCGACGUUCACGUGACCGACCCUCGGGGAAGCUUUAUAUCUUCUGGAUUUCUUUCUUUCCCACGCAGACUAAAUAUAGGGCAGACCUGACGUCCGAUGUAUCUUUGUGUCACACGAUCCGGCCCCAUCGAUCCAGCCACGUUCUAAUAAGAGUGCUCGCACGUGGAAAAGAGCGGAAGCAAACGCGCGAGCAUUCGACAAAGAGAACAGGAAGAGAUGUCCUCGUUAUCUGAUGGGCUGAACGUGUGACCCAAACACCCAUACAAUGUCAAAUCCGUCCUCUAUGUCGGCUGCCGUUGGUUUCUACGAUCCGAUGUGUACAUUGUUUGUAUAUAAAUCUGUUAUACAGUUGUUUCGUUCCCAUUGUAGCCGAAGUGUCUUCGCGAAGCAUGUCGGGGACUUUCCUUUUUCUUCGUUUCCUUCGUUUCCUCUCCUUUCUCCGUUUCUUUCUUUUUCACGAGUACUCUGAAUCGUGGCUCCAGCUUCGAAUGCACCGCGAGUUUUAGCUAAUCGUAUCGAUUUACUGAGAUUGUAGCGAUUAUCGUUUAAUUGGAACUAUUCUGGGGAAUUAUAUUUUACUUUGGUUGAAUUUUGCAUUGUCAAUAGCAAGAAUUUUUGCUAAUUUUAAUAGUCUCCCUGAUUUUCUAUGCUAUAGAUUAAUAAUAAAAUGAUUCUUCAUGCUUGCCGCGACCAAAAUUACCAGACAAGAUAUUUACAAUAUUUUCACUUUCUUCUCGAUUCCUUUAUUAAUAUCACAGAUUUCCUGUAGCCCGAUUCUACUGUAUCUCAAUUUCCCAACAACCUUGUUACAAUCCUCCCCAAACGACCAAAAGCCAAAACACCAGAUCCGCAAACGAAACCACGCGAAACCAACGAGAAUACAUUCGAAGUAUCAGCCACGAUUCGCAACAACCCUCAAUCGUCAUAUUCGCGAGCAAUCGCGGGCGUGGAUCCGUUUCACGGUCGGCCGAUCGCAGCGUCGCCGUCUCAGGCACAUUUCGUUUCUUGUAAAACUGUAAAUACGUGCGUUGCGCGUCUCCGAGCCGCAAGCGAUGGCGAUUCGCACGGGAACGAACGAGAAGGAAGAAUUUAACGAAAAGAAAGAAGAAGAAGAAGUAGAAGAAGAAGAGGAUAAAAGAAAAGACACGGCCGCGAGGAAAUUGUACAGAUUAAAAAUUGGCUCGCGGAGAGAAGCGAGGGAGCCACGGAAGGGAGCGCGAAUAAAGAGGAUGUCGUUCGCGUGUUCGUCUCUAGCGGGAUGUAAAGAAAACAGAUUCUAAAUUAAACGGAGACGAACAGAGGCGACGUUCGCGUAUCAGAAAUCUUGUGCCAAAUCAUUUUUCAUAUCGGGCGUCGUUCGGACAGCCGAGAUCGAGCAGAAUAUGUCGGUUCGAAGGAUCAUUGUUUUCGAGAACGAAGUAUGCCGCGCACGUUGAAACACAUUUUAUCCCGCUGCUUCGUCUCCGUUCGUCUCCGAUGCGAGCGGAAGCCGCGCGAUCGAGAGGCAGAGGAUCGGGAGGAUAUUUCGCGUCUUCGAUCGCGCGGCGCGCGCUCGGCGUAAUUUUUAAUAUUGUAAAACGAAACGUGCGGGGGGAAGAGAAGAAGGAUGCGGACGUUGCAAUAAGAUUGAAUUAUUCGCUGCGACUCGCUCCGGUCGACGCGUUCUCGUCUCGCGGCGAGACAGCGGCGUGCUGGACGCACGCACAGCGUGGACGUUUUUGUGUUCCCCUCGAUCGCCGGGGGAAUGAUUGAUCGGCGGUUUUUCUUCUUCUGUUACGUGGCCGCGGAGACUUUGUUCCUCGUCCACUUCCUAUUUCUGUUUUUCAGCCUCCGUCACGCGGGAUCGUAACGUCUAUGGUAAUUGUUUGAUGAAGGAGGACUCGACUGUCGCCUUGAUCUUUGCGACGCGGACCGUGCAGGAUGCGCGCAUUGCGGAUGAACCUUUGUUCUUUGUAUGGGAGGAUUGCCUUGAAUUUGCGGAGGGAAUUGGAUUUGUUGUGUUUACUUCGGAAUGAUUGAGAGUUGAUGAUAGUAUGUUAUUGAUUAAGGCGCCAUGCUGAAAGAUACUUCAGCUGUUUGGUUAUUAGAAUUGCAAGGAAUUUAAUUGUUUAAAUAGGAUAUAUGUUACCAGUGUAUAGAUUUCUUCUGUUGGGUAUCUUGAUGCGUAAUUCAGUUUUCUAUGGGAUGGUUUUUAGAAAUUUUAUGAAUUUUCAUCCGCGAAAUCGAAGAUACGCAAAGAUCAGGAUAAUGGAGUUGAAGCCUUCUUUAUCAGAUAACUGCUAUGUUAAGAUUGAAUUACGAGCUGAUUCUGUUGAGGAAUUCAAUAUGAUCUCACGGAAUCAAUUCCUUUUGGCUGCGACGAUCAGUAGAAACGAAAUCGUUCUACUUUUUACGAUGUAACGGAAAGAAAGAUCUCGGAAGGACAUCCAGCACUCGCAUAAACAGAAUCGCGGUUGAAGCAUUGUUUAUUUUGCUCUUGAGUUGACCCCUUGCCUCAUCAUUUCUUUAGUAACGAUUCUUACAAGGUUUAAUUUAUAUUUAACACGUUGACUGUCGAAUUAAUUCUAUGAACGAGAAACAAACACUGUCCGUAGAUCCGUGGUCCUUUGAUUCAGGAAAAUUUUCAUUCAACUCUUCAUUUUUAUUAUCUUAAUUCCUAACAGAGUAUUGACUGAUUGGAAAUAGAUCUCUUGCCUGAGAAGUCAAGAUUUUCCAUGGCAAUUGUCAUUUAAUCUUGCAUCUCAUGGGUCUAACAAAAUUACGAGAAAAUUCAUUUUCAAACCUGUACAGAAUACUCUGACAGUCAAAGUGUUAAUGAUUGACGAGCAGAAAAAUAAGUUCUGCAUUCAUUGCACACUGAUUAUAUAAUUAUUCAUACUUAGACUGCGAAUAUUCAUGCAAAUUCAAAAUCUCUAAGAGUACAAUCAAUAACACAGAGUUACAAAGAAAAAUAUGUUUCCUUAACAAACACUUGGAAAAGCAUUACAAUUACUUUAUUUUCUAUAUCUCCCCAUGCAAUUCUACAUUUCUAAAUUCUCUAUAAACGCAUAAAAAUCCGCAGUCUAUUCAAAUUAAUUCACCCACGAAAUCCAAUUUCAAUUGCUCACCGUAAUUCCGAGUUAACCGUUUGAGUCCCAGGACUUUUGCAAAAUAACAAAAACAGAUGAUUCGAAGAAAACCAUAUAAACAAGCUUAACACUAAAACUACCGGAGGUCAAAUUGACCCAUCUCAGAAUUUCGAUUUUGCAAGUAUUUCAAUUGCGAACGCGUUUUUGCGAAAGAUUUUCAAUUACAUCCGUGUAUCUGCACAGACACAAGGAUAGAAGAUUCUACGAGUCUCAAGAAACGUGUUGCUCUAAUUUUUAUGGAACGUCGAAAAUAAGUCGCUCUGAUUGCUCGGUAGUUUUAGUAUUAAUCAGAUGCGACGAACUCUGAAUUCAAACGGUUGAUCACGAGUCAAGGGGUGAACUCACGAGUUCCCACAGCGAGGAACCGUUCACACUGCUCAAAAUAGUUAGAAAUCCAAUUGCCGCGACUUAGAAGUAAGAUUUCCACCGAACCACUCUUUCCCGCGUUGUCGAAGAACCGAACCCUCCGUUGUCGUUCGUCUCGCGUCUAAUUAUCUUGA